CAAAGUUGUCGGCGUUAACCAGACUGUCCCCUCCACUAUAUAUGACCUCCGAAAGCUAACUCUCACUCUCACACGCGCACUCCCUUUCUCAUUCCAAUCCUUUUCUGCUACGUACACCGAGUCAAUGCCCGUGGACGCGCUUCACGUCUCUGGAACUCCGACAGGAGAGACACAGUCUCGGUUUCCGGCGCCGGGAAAGCGCAUGACAGCUCAUUUCAGGGGCGUGCGCAAGCGGCCGUGGGGCCGGUUCGCGGCCGAGAUCCGAGACCCGUGGAGGAAGACCCGUAAGUGGCUCGGCACCUUCGACACGGCAGAAGAGGCCGCCUUAGCCUACGACGAGGCCGCAAUCAGCCUCCGUGGCAUCAAGGCCAGGACCAACUUUGGCCUCCACGGCCUAGUCAUUACUCCUCCCGUCGUUACCGGUGGCUCUGGUGCAAGGGAGCUUUUCGGCUGGAGACCCUCGCUGGGCUACGUAUCAGGUGCUGCUAAUCCCUCGGCGUCGAUAUCGGAGUACAAGGGGUACAAGAUGGAGAACGUGGAUGUGGCGGUGAGCGAGCAGGAAGAGAAUAGUCAAACGAAGAAGCCGUUUCUCUUCGAUCUGAAUCUCCCUGCGCCGCUUUUCUGAACCACCGGAGAUGGUGGUACCCGGUGAGGAUUUGACCCUGGAAGAAUAUUGUCGGAUUUUGUUUUCUAUUUUGAUCUGUUUGGGUUCUCUUUUUUUGUCAACCCUCAUGGGUUAGUUUAUGAAUCCCGCUUUAUGUACAGUUCAAUCAGCCCUUCAAAGAACACUAUUUUGAGCUUAA